AUGCUUUGUCAAUUGUUCACAAAUUGUGCAAAAGCAUAUAAUUUAUUACAAACUGAUCAAGAUAUAAAACAGCGUUGGAUACAUACUGUUCGUUGGUUACGUGAUCAACUUGAACGACAAAAUCACAUUCCAUCAAAUUAUUCUUAUCAAUCUCAAGGUCAAAUUUCAAGUAAUGAUAUAUUCCAAGGAUAUUUUCUUGAACGAACACCAAGUGCUAAAUCAGAAAAUAAUGAUAUUGGUUCAAACAGUGAUGAAGGUGAUGAAAAUUAA